GGAUUCUGGAGCUGGCUCCCACUCUCUGAACCAGAUUCCGGUUCUAGCCCAGCGAUAGAAGCCCGUUGGCAAGUCUGGAUACAGGCUCUGUCUCCCUCAGGCCCUGCCGGGGACGCCCAUCGACCGCCAGCCCAAAGGGUGCGGGGGCUGCUGAUGCCCAGAGCCCGCCAUGGCCUGCCUCCAUGAUACCCGGACCCCCUCCCCGUCCUUCGCCAGCUUCAACACCAUCCUGACGGAGAGCUCCCUCCGUAAGCUGGACCCCGACACCUCGGACUGCACCCCCGAGAAGGACCUGACGCCCACGCAGUGCGUGCUGCGUGACGUGGUGCCCAUCGACGGGGGCGGCCACAGCCCCACGCCCAGCGAGGAGACGCGUGACCAGUUCGCCAACAGCGUCCUGCAGCUGCACGAGAAUGAGGCUGGCGGUGGGGGCGGGGGAGCUGGGGCAGGGGCCGGGAACCCCGAGGUGCGGCACACUCGUUACCACGCCGACCAGGUCCGGCUUCACUGCCAGACGGGCAGCGGCUUCCUGGAAGGGCUCUUCGGCUGUCUCAGGCCCGUCUGGACCAUGAUCGGCAAAGCCUACUCCACCGAGCACAAGCACCAGCAGGAAGACACCUGGGAAGUGCCAUUCGAGGAGAUCCUGGACCUCCAGUGGGUGGGCAGCGGGGCGCAGGGCGCUGUCUUCCUGGGGCGUUUUCACGGCGAGGAGGUGGCGGUGAAGAAGGUGCGAGACCUCAAGGAGACGGACAUCAAACACCUGCGCAAGCUCAAACACCCCAACAUCAUCACCUUCAAGGGCGUCUGCACCCAGGCUCCUUGCUACUGCAUCAUCAUGGAGUUCUGCGCCCAGGGGCAGCUGUAUGAGGUGCUGCGAGCCGGGCGCAAGGUCACCCCCUCCCUGCUGGUCGACUGGUCCAUGGGCAUCGCAGGUGGCAUGAACUACCUGCACCUGCACAAGAUCAUCCACCGCGACCUCAAGUCGCCCAACAUGCUGAUCACCUACGAUGACGUGGUGAAGAUCUCGGACUUCGGCACCUCCAAGGAGCUGAGUGACAAGAGCACCAAGAUGUCCUUCGCCGGCACCGUGGCCUGGAUGGCCCCCGAGGUCAUUCGCAACGAGCCCGUAUCUGAGAAGGUCGACAUCUGGUCCUUCGGGGUGGUGCUGUGGGAGCUGCUGACAGGCGAGAUCCCCUACAAGGACGUGGACUCCUCGGCUAUCAUCUGGGGUGUGGGCAGCAACAGCCUGCACCUGCCCGUGCCCUCUGGCUGCCCCGACGGCUUCAAGAUCCUACUGCGCCAGUGCUGGAACAGCAAACCCCGCAACCGGCCGUCCUUCCGCCAGAUCCUGCUGCACCUGGACAUCGCCUCGGCAGAUGUGCUCUCCACGCCCCAGGAGACGUACUUCAAAUCCCAGGCCGAGUGGCGCGAGGAGGUGAAGCUGCACUUUGAGAAGAUCAAGUCGGAGGGGACGUGUCUGCACCGGCUGGAGGAGGAGCUGAUCAACCGGCGCCGUGAUGAGCUCCGGCAUGCACUGGACAUCCGGGAGCACUACGAACGCAAGCUGGAGCGGGCCAACAACCUGUACAUGGAGCUCAACUCCCUCAUGCUGCAGCUGGAGCUGAAGGAGAAGGAGCUGCUCAGGCGGGAGCAGGCGCUGGAGAAGAAGUACCCGGGGCUGUUCAAGCCGCAUGCAUCACGCAGUCUCCUGCACGGCAACACGGUGGAGAAGCUCAUCAAGAAGAGGAACGUGCCCCAGAAGCUGUCGCCACACAGCAAGCGGCCGGACAUCCUGAAGACGGAGGUGAUCCUGCCCAAACUGGACUCGGCCAUUGCCCAGGUGUCGAUACCCGCAUGCCAGAAGGGCCCCACCUCCCCGGGCCGGAGCCGGCGGGCCAAGGCACGCUACCGCAAAGCCAGCGCCAAGGGCAGCUGCGGGGAGCUGGCAGGGCCCCGGGCCCCAGAGCCGGUGGAUGUGGGCCACCAGCUGGAGACCUGUGCCGCCCUGCGGGGGCUGCAGCACGACCUGCUGCGCCGGAUGUCCUCGUCCAGCCCUGACCUCAUCAACACCACCCUGGAGGCUGGGGCCAAGAAAGAGGGGGCCCCUGCCGGGCCCGAGUCGCCCCCGGCCGAGCAGCCCCGCAGCGAGACCCCCAGUGAGGACACGGCCUCUGUGCCCUUCUCCAGCAGCCCCGACUCGCCCUCCUCCAAGCAGGGGGCCGUGGGGCCAGCGGACAAGAGUCACCGGCUGUUGGGCCUAGCCCAGAGGCUGCAGCCAGGCGAGGAGCCCGACAAGGAGGCAGGCGUGGCAGGCAAGGCGGCCAAGGCCUGUGGGGUGCCGCAGCAGCAUCUGACACCUGCAGCGCUGCUGUACCGAGCAGCCGUGACCCGGAGCCAGAAGCGAGGGGUCUCGUCCGAGGAGGAGGAGGGAGAAGUGGACAGCGAGGUGGAGCUGCCACUGAGGCAGAGGUGGCCCCAGGGGCUGAGCAAGCGCCAGUCGCUCUCCACCUUCAGCUCAGAGAACUUCUCGGAUGGGGAUGGCGAGGAGGGGAACACGAGCGACGCGUCGCCCAGCGGCACGCCCGACGUGGCCAGCACCAACACAGGCGAGCGCUCCGACGACAUGCUCUCGCAGAGCUCCGAGAUCCCGCUCGACGCCCUGGCCCACUCCGACGGCCUGUCCGAGAAGGAGGCCGCUGUCCAGCACGUCAAGAGCCAGCUCAGUGCUGAGCAGAACCCCGCUGAGACCCCCUCCGCGUACGAGGACUCGGACUGUGACAGCGCCGAACUGGACCACUCAGGCAGCGGAGACACGCACAGACUGCCAGCUGCCCCCAGCUCGUGAUGGCCCGGCCUCCCCCGCGAGGUUGUACAGACCCCCAGAUAUUUAUAUAAAUAAUCUAUAAAUCUCUAUAUAAAGCUAUAUAAUGUAUAAUCUACCCAGAGGCAGCGCCGGAGCCAGCCGGAGCGGCCCAUGCACUGAAUUCACCUCGGUCCUGAUGGACAGACUGAGGGGGACGGGGGGGAGUCUCUCAGGUGCUUGGGGGUUAGCCUUGUACAGCUGAAGACCAAGAAAUGCCCCAUGGCGUCGGACUCCUGGCCAGAAGGGCCCCGUGGCACUCGUGCCAGCUCAGAGCAGGACCGGCCCAUGAUGGGCAGUGUCUGGAAACAGGACCAGGAUGCACUGGGGCAGCGGCUGGGAUGCGGGGGAGCAUGAUCCCCCCCUCCCACCACCAUCUGCAAAGCUGAACCUAAGAGAGGCGAGAUGUGGCGCUGUCCCGGCGCUUAUUCCGAGCAGACCCGUUGGCAGGCUGGGUCCGGCCAUGAGCUCGGCAGGCGCCGGAGAGGGCGGGCAGGCAGUGUGGUACCCUGUGGGCAGAGGUGUGCAGGUUGCUACGUCGCAGAGAUCAUGUGGAAGCUCCUUCGAGACCAGUCAAAGCCCAGCGGAGCAACCAACUACCCCCAAAAUCUGCCCAGCGCAGCAACGCACCAGGCUGGGGCAGAACCUCAAGCCAACCUGCCCCCAGGGGUAGAACUGCCAUCCCAGCCACCCCAGGCUCCUGCUCCGAGGCAGACCCUAGAUCCAAACCUCCUGCUCUGCAGCAGCCGCCCCCCUUCCCCAGCUCAGCACCAAGCAAUUCUGGGCCCACCCCAGGCCGCGGCGGCGCUGACGGCUUUCGGGCCAAGGGAGGAUGGGGGUGGCCACGCUGCCUCCUGCUGGUACCCACAUGCACUGCACUUUUUGUUGGUGUUAAUUUAUUUUAAACGAAUGUUUACAUUUGCACUUGUGUCCUGGUUGGAACAGGGAGGGGUGGAGCCUGGGGGUGGGACUUAAAGGGUGGGCUCUGUGGGGCUGCUGACUCCUCUGAGCCCCUGUUGUGUUGGCAGGGGGCAGCCCCCCUUCCCCUGUUUAUGUAGCUGGGUCCCUCCUGUUGGGCUGUUUCUCAGGUGAAAGUCCCACCCCCCCCUGCACCCCUUUCCUUCUGGAACUGUUUGUCCUCGCUGCUGAGUGUUUGGGCCCCUUGGGCACCCCCCUGCAGUGCGGGUGUGGAGAGCAAUGAGCCCGGCAUGGGAUCGGUGUGGGCUGCCCCCCAACCCAGUGCUCCAUGUGCAUGAGCAGCAUCAGCCCUGCUGGGCCUUUAGGACCUGGCCCCGGGCCAUAUGGGCUGGGCUCCGAGCAGCUCAUUGGGCUAUAGGGUGACCAGACAGCAAAUGUGAACAAUCGGGGGUGGUGGGUAAUAGGAGCCUAUAUAAGAAAAAGACCCCAAAAUUGGGACAUCUGGUCACCCUAUUGGGCUACCUGCUGUCACGCUGGCAGAGAUCCUCGGGCCAUGGGCCGGUUGGCCCAUCAGAAACCCGGCUGCAGAGCCCAAGGCCCUGUGCCUCCCCAGCCCACGGGAGUCUUUCCACUGCCCUGAAGGGGAGGUGGCUUGGGCCCUGGGGGCUAUCCAGGGAGUGGGGGUGGGGUUUGUUGUAGCUCCUACCCCCCAUCCCUGAGCUUCCUGCCUGUUUUUUAGCCUUGCUUGAUGGGGCAUGUUUCAACUGGCACCUCCCGGGGUUUCUGUAGGUCCUACAUAAUAGCAUUAUAAAGGGAAAUGCAGUGGGCAUUGGCAGGAAACCCCUCAAGGCCACUGGGGACAGCCCCACACCCCAUCAGUCAAAGCUCCUAGUUUCCCUGGCUAGCCCAGGGUCCCAGCAAGGGGACAAGCGGUGGGGUGGCAGGGGGCUGACAGUUAAAUGCCCCCAAUCCCAUGUAGCACAUUCACCAGCACUGGACUAACCUGCUCCACCCAUACUUGCUUCCUGGUCAGCAUGGCUGUGGGUUGGGCUCGCCUGAUGCCCAGGCUCCAGGGGGGUUUUCAGGCAGGGUGCUGCAGGACCAAGUUCCCCCACCUGUCAGGUUCAUGGCCAGGGCGGUGGCAGCCUGUGGGCAAUCAGCCAUGGCUUCUCCCCGCAGGCAGGCCCAGUGGGCUGACGCAUGGACCUUUGCAGCUUUCUGGCCACAGGGAAGCUCCCCCUCCCCCCAACAAAAAUCCACACCUGGCCCCUCACAACAUAGGGUAGGCCAGGUGCCUCUCAUCUGCCCCUUGUGGGGGAAAGGAGCAUGUUUUGUGCUGGUCAUGCACCUGCCCCAGCGAGCUCAACCGCUAAUAGAAAGGCAGUUAGUCCCUGCGGCUAGAACCCUUGCCUGGGACCCUGGGGCCCUUCUCUAGCUCUGCCACUGGCCUGCUGGGUGACCUCAAGCAAAUUGUUUCCCUUCCCCUGGCCUCAGUUUCCCCAUCUGUACAAUGAGGCUCAUGACAGGACCCUGCUUUGCAAAGACAAUAGCUAGGUAUUAUUAAAGCAACAAGGGGGCAGGAAGGGAAACAGCAGCCCAGGGAGGGGCCUUGCCCUAAAAAGGUCACCCAACAGGUCACGUGGCAGACUCAAGAGCCCGCUGCAGCCCGUGUGCACCAGCAACCAAGGCCCCCAGCAGCCUGAGGGGCCAGGGGAGAAAGAGACCAUGGCCGAGAGGUAGCACUGAGGGCCAUUUUUUAACCCAAACUUUUUUGGCGGCAUGGGGCUGAAAAAUGCAGAUUUAGGGACACCCAAGAGGUUUGCCAAUUUGGGGUGGUGUCACCAAAUGUGGUGCCCCCCCCAAAAAUCCAGAAAAACACAAACAUGAAACCUUUCUUGUUUCAAAAUGACUUUUUGGUCCCACAUCCCACCCCACUCUGGCCCAGCCCCAGGGUGGUGCUUGUCCCUUUGGUUCUCCUCAGUGGCCUGCCCCCCCCCCCC